AUGGCAUUCCAAAUUACCAGGAUUGUGGCGACGGCGGCCAAACCCGUCAAGCAUGUGGUCCUGUUCAGCCUCAAAAAGGAAGCUACCAAAGCACAGCGCAAACAGAUCCAGCAAGGUCUCCUGGCACUCCCGGACAAGAUUCCAGAAAUUCAGGAUUACGAGUUGGGAAUCGAUCUCUUGUUGAAAGGAGGUCAGAAUCACCCCGCCGGCAAGAAUCGAGGCAUCUGUUGGUCGGCCAGUUUCAAAUGCCAGAAAGAUUACGAGACUUAUGAUGCCUCUGAUGCGCACAAAGAGUUCUUGGCGUUGCUCAAGACGGUGGUGGAACCAGGGACGCGAUCGGCCAUUCAGUAUGAAAUAUCAAAGACAAAAUAA